AUGCAGUCCGAUCCGCAAACAGCAAAUCGUGGCGGUUUGAUUUCCAUCGGUUACCCUUGUCCCUACUGUGACUAUUUUGCCAAAUGGCCCACGGAAUUACAGAAACAUAUCAUGGUUCAUUCCAAAGAACGUCCACACCGAUGCGUGAUUUGUGGUCUGUCGUACAAAUGGAAGUGGGACCUCGGUCGCCACUUUGACAAAAGUCAUCACAAGACCAUGAAUCCGUACAAGAAAAAUUGUUUGUCUCCGUGUGCCGGCCGUGGAACGGCUAAACGAGAUGGGCAUCCGCGAGUGACGGGCCCCAGUAUGGGUGGACCGCGACCGCGUCUGGGUACACAUGUACGUCGACCACGGGGGAUGAACAGACGAAACACCGGAAUCGAGUUCCACCCGCGCAGUCCGGCAGUGAGCACAUGUGAUGCUAAGAUUGUCACAUCCCUGGUUCGAGCCACAAGUGAUCUGGCCGGCGACAGUGCUCGAAUCGCAGACGUGUAUGGACAAAAGGUCACAUGCCAAGAAUCACAACAACAACACCAACAGGCACAAACGUGCCAGUCAUCGGCCGCGGAAAUGCACUUGCCCAAACAGGAAUGUCCAGACAUGUUGCUUGAGUUUUCAAAUCUCACAAGAGUACUAUGA